GCUGACUCAUGCAACUCCCGUGCAUGUCGGAAUAUAUUUUCGGAGCAAAUCCAUUAAGAAUUUAAGAUCACAUUGCCCGCGCUUUUUUCCGUCUGCAUGCAAACCAGAACCACUGCCCUCUACCUCCAUGGAAGAGAAGAAGCCGCGGCGGCAGGGAGCCGCAGGACGCGAUGGCAUCGUGCAGUACCCGCACCUCUUCAUCGCGGCCCUGGCGCUGGCCCUGGUCCUCAUGGACCCGUUCCACCUCGGCCCUCUGGCAGGGAUCGACUACCGGCCGGUGAAGCACGAGCUGGCGCCGUACAGGGAGGUCAUGCAGCGCUGGCCGAGGGACAACGGCAGCCGGCUGAGACUCGGCAGGCUCGAGUUCGUCAACGAGGUGUUCGGGCCGGAGUCCAUCGAGUUCGACCGCCAGGGCCGCGGGCCCUAUGCCGGGCUCGCCGACGGCCGCGUCGUGCGGUGGAUGGGGGACAUGACCGGGUGGGAGACGUUCGCCGUCAUGAAUCCCGACUGGUCUGAGAAAGUUUGUGCUAACGGAGUGGAGUCGACGACGAAGAAGCAGCACGGGAAAGAGAAGUGGUGCGGCCGGCCUCUCGGGCUGAGGUUCCACAGGGAGACCGGCGAGCUCUUCAUCGCCGACGCGUACUAUGGGCUCAUGGCCGUCGGCGAUAGCGGGGGAGUGGCGACCUCCCUGGCGAGGGAGGCCGGCGGGGACCCGGUCCACUUCGCCAACGACCUUGACAUCCACAUGAACGGCUCGAUAUUCUUCACCGACACGAGCACGAGAUACAGCAGAAAAGACCAUUUGAACAUUUUGUUAGAAGGAGAAGGCACGGGGAGGCUGCUGAGAUAUGACCCAGAAACUGGUGCCGUUCAUGUCGUGCUCAGCGGGCUGGUCUUCCCAAACGGCGUGCAGAUCUCACAGGACCAGCAAUUUCUCCUCUUCUCCGAGACAACGAACUGCAGGAUCAUGAGGUACUGGCUGGAAGGACCAAAAGCGGGCCAGGUGGAGGUGUUCGCGAACCUGCCGGGGUUCCCCGACAACGUGCGCAUGAACAGCAAGGGGCAGUUCUGGGUGGCGAUCGACUGCUGCCGGACGCCGAUGCAGGAGGUGUUCGCCCGGCGGCCGUGGCUGCGGUCCGCCUACUUCAAGAUCCCGGUGUCGAUGAAGACGCUGGGGAAGAUGGUGAGCAUGAAGAUGUACACGCUUCUCGCGCUCCUCGACGGCGAGGGGAACGUAGUGGAGGUGCUCGAGGACCGGGGCGGCGAGGUGAUGAAGCUGGUGAGCGAGGUGAGGGAGGUGGACCGGAGACUGUGGAUCGGGACGGUCGCGCACAACCAUAUCGCCACGCUCCCUUACCCGUUGGACUAGAGAGGGUGUGCAGUGUUCCAUUUGCUGGUUUUAUAUUAGCAAGGAGGUGUAUCAGUUUAUGGUUUGCUUGUUUGUUGGGUUCGUGUGAUGAUCAUGUUGUGAAUUUGACGCUGGAUUCUUUUUCUUUUGUGAAAAGAACUCCGAUCAUUAUAAAGGCUCGCCAAAACUACAAAGCAUAAUAAAAA